AUGAAUGAUGAAAUUAUAGUAACUAUGCCAGUUGUAUCAUCUCCUUUUAUGGAAGAGAUACAUGCUGCAUUUGAUAGUAUCCAGAAGUUAGAAAAUUUGUUUUUAUCUCCUUCUGCACCAGAUUUAUCAUCAUUUUAUCACACAUUCAAGAGACUUGUAGGCGAAGUUACAUCAUACGUUGGUCCAUAUCCUAUUCCAGAAAUUGAUGAACUUCUUAAAAACACUCAAACACCAUACGUUCCUACUUCGUUAGUUUCAUUUUAUACAAAUUUCGAUCCGAAACUUCCUCAACAACAAGGAAAUUCGUACACAACUAAAAUGGAUCCAGUUAUUCCACCAUCAAACCCUACGGUUGAUUUAUUAAAAUACCCUCAAAUAAAUUCAGUCCAAUUUUCAUUAAUUGAUACAAAAGAACAAAUAGAAAGCCUUAUAUCUACGAUUUCUUCAUCACCUGAUAAAGCAAUUGGUGUGUCAGUCAUAGAUCAUUAUUUUCCAAAUGUAAUAUGUGUUCUUUGCAUAUCAACGCGUGAUUGCGAGUAUCUUAUUGAUGUUCUAGAACUUCCUGAUGCUAUUACUUCUCUUGCUCCUAUCUUUUCUGCCCGAGAUAUUACGAAAGUUUUCGGAAAUGCAGCCCAUUGCUGUAAAUUACUUCAUCAAGCUGGUAUAUCCGAUAUCUACAACUCAUUUGAUGUUACUACAGCGGCACAACACUUAAAUAUCUCUACUUCUCUUGAAGAUUUAACUCAAGAUUUCCGAAAUCGUCUUCAAGAAGGCUGGAUUCCUGAUUCCGCCCGUAAGGUUGUUCCUCCUCCAGACUUCCCGCACAAUAAAGUAUGCGAUUCCGAGAAAUUAAGCCAAAUUUUGACAGAAUCAGAGUCAAAUGCGAUGCAAGAUUGGCGAAUUCGUCCUCUUUCACUAUCCCAGAUGCGCCUUGCCAGACAAAGAGUCCAUUAUCUCCUAUAUUUAUACGACUCUCUGCGUCUAAAACUCACAGAAGAAUCUACGAAACUUCUUGACAAAACCAUUGCGAUUUCCCAUCACAAAGCAUCGAUGGAUUGGACCAGUUACCGUACAAUGAUCAUCAGCCCCAAUGGUGCAAUCCUUGCUGCAGCGUACGGCCAACCAAUUCCUUCCGCAAAUGUCCUGAGAUCCAUUAAAAACGCCCGACAAAACGAAACAAACAACGGAAUUCUUCCACAAGCGAUUAUGUCCGAUGCUGCUUUAACAUGGUGCGCAUUGACACUUCCAACAAACCAGAAGGCUCUGGAUGCUGCUCUCAUUGAGUCAUCCCCGAAGCACAAGCAGAUGUAUGCCCCUGAUCCGCAUUCAAUUCCAAAAAGACUUUCUGAUGAAAUUAUCAAAGAAAAAAGUGUCAAUGAAAAUUACGAAAUCAAGUCACCACCGUCUAAAACUCUUGAUGAGAUUGUUGCAGAGAUCGGAUGGGUUCCUUCUGAAGAGAACUUGGAAUCUCCAAAGCGCCCAAGUGAAGUACAUCUCGCAUUGGACACAACUGUUUCUCCACGUGUUGCAAAAAGCGCAAAAGGAAAAACACAGACACCUGCUGGAGCUUAUCUCAGGCACUUAAGAGAUCCGGACCAGCCAACAUCUGUUUCAAGACAAAUUGAUGGAAUUCCUAGAACAGAAGCUCAGAUUUUCGCUCUGGCAAAUAAUGUCAGAUUACUUCAAAAGAUCAAUGGAAAAACAAAGACGAAACUUGCAGCUGCAAAAGAGGAAACUCUGCCUGAUGAAUCUCCUGAAGACGUCUUGAGAGCGUUGGUCGGAAUGAAUUAUAUUGAUGAAGCUGACGCAAACCAAAUAAAGGCAAAAAUGAACGCGCCAAAACCAACAAAACCAGCGGCUAAGCCUGCAGCGAAACCUGCUGAGAAGAGAGGUAGAUCGAAAGACUCGAAAACCCAUAAAUAUCUUAAAUAUUGGUAA